AUGUCAGCCAAUAUGGCGUCCAGCGACUCGGAGCGCAAGAGGAGGAAGCUCGAGACCGCGGGGGAUGGCGAGCCGGAGAAGGAGGAGGAAGAGGAAGAGGAGCGGUGGGUCGGGCCCCUCCCAGGAGAGGCCGCGCAAGCGAAGAAGAGGAGAGUCCUUGAGUUUGAACACGUCUACCUUGAAAACCUUCCAAGUGCUUCCAUGUAUGAACGCAGUUAUAUGCACAGAGAUGUCAUUACGCAUGUAGCAUGUACUAAGACAGAUUUUGUCAUAACAGCUAGCCAUGAUGGACAUGUAAAAUUCUGGAAAAAAGUAGAAGAAGGAAUUGAAUUUGUUAAACAUUUUCGCAGCCAUUUAGGAGUUAUUGAGAGUAUUGCCAGUAGCUCUGAAGGUGCAUUGUUCUGUUCUGUUGGAGAUGACAAAGCAAUGAAGGUGUUUGAUGUAGUGAACUUUGAUAUGAUAAAUAUGCUGAAACUGGGCUUCUACCCUGGCCAGUGUGAAUGGGUAUAUUGUCCUGGAGAUGCCAUAUCUUCUGUUGCAACUUCUGAGAAGAGCACAGGGAAGAUAUUCAUAUAUGAUGGUCGAGGAAAUAACCAGCCACUUCAUGUUUUUGAUAAACUCCAUACAUCUCCUCUUACUCAGAUACAGUUAAACCCUAUCUACAAAGUAGUAGUAUCUUCUGACAAGUCUGGAAUGAUCGAGUACUGGACUGGCACGCCCCGUGAAUACAAAUUCCCCAAAAAUGUGAACUGGGAAUAUAAAACAGAUACAGAUUUAUAUGAAUUUGCUAAAUGCAAAGCUUACCCAUCUAGCAUAAGUUUUUCACCUGAUGGCAAGAAAAUGGCCAGUAUUGGUUCUGAUAGAAAAGUUAGAAUUUUUAGGUUCUUGACUGGGAAACUUAUGAGAGUUUUUGAUGAAUCCCUAAGUAUGUUUACUGAGCUACAGCAGAUGAGACAACAGCUGCCAGAUAUGGAGUUUGGCCGACGUAUGGCUGUUGAGCGUGAACUAGAGAAAGUGGAUGCUGGAAGGUUAAUCAACAUAGUUUUUGAUGAAACUGGACACUUUGUGCUUUAUGGAACGAUGCUGGGUAUUAAGGUCAUAAAUGUAGAAACGAACCGAUGUGUUCGAAUUCUAGGCAAACAGGAAAAUAUCAGGGUAAUGCAGCUGGCUUUGUUUCAAGGAGUAGCAAAGAAACAUCGGGCUGCUGUCACCAUAGAGAUGAAAGCAUCAGAAAACCCUGUUCUUCAGAACAUCCAGGCAGAUCCAACAAUAGUCUGCACAGCUUUCAAAAAAAACAGGUUUUACAUGUUUACUAAACGUGAACCAGAAGAUACAAAGAGUGCAGAUUCAGACAGAGAUGUAUUUAAUGAAAAACCAUCUAAAGAAGAGGUCAUGGCAGCCACUCAAGCUGAAGGCCCCAAAAGGGUCUCUGAUAGUGCCAUUAUCCACACAAGCAUGGGAGAUAUUCAUAUCAAGCUCUUCCCUGUUGAGUGUCCCAAAACAGUGGAAAACUUUUGUGUACAUAGUCGGAAUGGUUACUAUAAUGGACACAUAUUUCACCGUAUUAUCAAGGGUUUUAUGAUUCAAACGGGUGAUCCAACAGGUACAGGAAUGGGAGGCGAAAGCAUCUGGGGAGGAGAAUUUGAAGAUGAGUUUCAUGCAACUUUACGACAUGACAGACCGUACACACUUAGUAUGGCUAAUGCAGGACCAAAUACCAAUGGUUCCCAGUUCUUCAUAACAGUGGUGCCAACUCCUUGGCUAGACAACAAGCACAGUGUGUUUGGACGAGUAACCAAAGGAAUGGAAGUUGUUCAGAGAAUUUCAAAUGUGAAAGUCAAUCCCAAAACCGACAAACCAUAUGAAGAUGUCAGCAUCAUUAAUAUCACAGUGAAGUAAACUCAGAUUUGAAAAAUUCUAGCUUACAAAAAAAAGAAAGCUGUGGGACUCAAAAAUAAAUAGUGAUUUUUAUGAGAUCUUGACUCCAAAAAAAUAUCAGGAUUGAGCAAACCAACUCUUCCACCAAUCAUGUACUAAAGUGCCCUGACACUUUAUUUUUAAUAGUUUUAUAUUAUUUUAAAAUAAAAAGGCACGCUUGUUAAAUUUUU